AUGCAUAUAUUUGAUACAUUUGGUUCAACAUGGAACCAAAUUCUACCUUUUUCUAGUUAUGUUCCAGAUCAAAGAAAAGUCUGUUCUUCAACAUUUAAAGAUGGUAAAAUUUAUUAUGUUGGAGGCGUCUAUCAAACUGACAAAGUCAUUGAUAUUCGAGAAAUAUUGAUAUAUGAUACGUCCAAUGAAAAUUCUCCGUGGUCUUUAAAAAUUGCAACAAAUAUAACAAACAUUAGCAACCGAUUUUUUCAUUCAGCAGUUCUUGAUAAUAUUAUUAUAUUUGGUGGCACGAAAGAAUUCUCUGAUUCAAGAAAUAGUUCACUAGAUUAUACUUUAAAUGAUUACUUGAUUUCUUUGAAUCUCGAAACAUUUGAAUUGUCAGAACUUAAAACUCUAAACAAACCUAGUAUUUAUGAUAUACCAUAUAUCACACCGAUUGAACCACCAACACCUCCAUCUCCAACACCGCCAAUCAAAAUAAUAAUUAUAUCUAUAAUAGGAUCGCCUGUUUUUAUCGUAGCAAUUGUGACAGGCUUUAUUUUUAUCGCAAAAAACGUAGAAAUUAUAAUUUGCAAACUCAACCAACCCAAUACAGCGUUAUCUCACAAUACGCCCGUAAAUCAACACACUACUACAUUUGAUCACAAUACAACAUUCUCUCAUGUAACUGUAAUUCCACAAAUUGAUACGUUUGAUCACAAUGAUCCUAAUUAUAAUUCUACUUUAGCUUUUAAACUUUCCUUAAUUUAA